AUGGAUACACAUUUUGAGGAUGACCCAUUCUUCACCACUCUCUUACGAAGUGGGGGAGGAGGUUUUAAUAGCACCCCAACGCAACAUUCUAAUGUUGUGAUCCAAGCAACCCCCACUGACGGUGAAAAGAAGCAUCAUUCAAAAAAAGUUCAAAGAGGUGCAUCUUUCAUUGUAGAGGAGGAUAAUCUCCUCGUCUCAGCUUGGCUCAACAUUAGCAUCGAUGCGAUAAGGAGUACUGAUCAAAAGUCAACUCAAAUGUGGGAAAGAAUUACCACAUUUUAUCAUGAAUAUAAAAAACCAAACAUUGAUGACCGUUCUGAGGGCUCAUUGAUGAAUCGAUGGUCCAUGAUUCAAAAAUUGACAAAUAAGUUCUGUGCAUAUAUAGCACAGGUAGAGUCAUUACACCCAAGUGGUGCAACCGAGCAAGACAAGAUUGAGAAGGCCAAGAUGUUGUACAAAGAGAUGGUUCUUAUUGAGAGACCUCCAGGUAAAAAAGCUGAGAAAGAAAGAGAGAGGAAAUGGAAGUCGAUGGAAGGCAAAGAGGUAGAGAUCAAAACAGCGUUGGCUAAAAUGACUGAAGAUAGAACGACGACCAUGGAAGAGCGGAGAAAUGCUAUGUUGAAGGCAGGCGAAAAAAGUGAGAAAGUAUUUGAAUUAAAGAAGAAGAAGUUUGAAUUAGAGGAGAAGAAGUUUGAACUAGAAAAGAAGAAUUUUGAACUAAAGAUAAUGAUAUUAGAUGUACGUGGCAUGAAUGCCAUGCAAUAA